AUGAUGCUCACCGCAAACGCCUUCUAUCCUCAGCACAUCUAUACGCCUCCACGGCCCUCGCCACUCUCCGAACGCUCCGCGAAUGCUGUUCCCCGCCCUUUCGCCUUCAACUUCAGCAUGGCCUCACCGGUUCAGAACGAAAAGAAGACUUUAGUGCCGCAGCGCGCAUACAAGCCAAAUCCUGUGGUGCAGAUGCGUGAUGCCGCGACCCAGAGACGACGCGAUUUGUUCUUCAGACGGGUGCAGAAGGAUCGGGAGGAUAAGAAGUGGGAUGCGAGGGGUGAGCAGAUUCAACGUCUCGAUUACAUCUCAGAACGCAAGCGCUGGGAAGCCGAGAAGGUGCGACAAUCUCCACAACUAGCCGACGGGUCUAUCGAGGAAGAAGUCAUGGAGGUAUUUAAGUCUUCAUAUGCACCGAGCAGCGCGCCACCGCAGGAGCAGGAAGUGGAGGAGGCCGACUAUCUCCUCGCGCAAGAGGAAUAUGAGCUUCAAGAUCUGAUCGCUUCGAUGGAAGAAAACCAGGACAACGCGUCACAGCACUAUGGCAGCGACGAUGAGGACUACGACCAGAUCUUCAUGGAAUGCACAUCCACCGCGGAUAUGCAAUCACGGCAGCAGCAGCAAUUUCAACACUCGAAUAACAGCUUGGAGUACGCGGAUGCAAUGGACAUGUCCGAGGACUGA